UAUUUUUAUCCACUGAUUGGUCGUAAAAAUGUCACUCUUGAUUAAAAUUAAUAGAAGUACUUUUGGCCAAUCGCUGCGUUUCUUACAUCUGGAGUAACAUCUUGUUACGGGGUAGCCAGCUGUCACACCGGGUUUAUCGUAACGCAACAUUGCCCCCAGCACCGGUUGUUGCAUAACAACAACAUGGCCCCAGAUGUCGGUUGCUGCGUAGCGCAGCAUAGUUGAUUUGUCAUUGUUGGGGAUGUAUGUUAUUCGUCGGUCUCUGCAGUACGGCAGGGAUCAUACAACUUCCGUGUUGCGGUAGUUUUAUGAUCCCAAAAGUAAUGCAAAGACCGACCAACGAUUUCAUCUCCUGUUAUCAGUGCCGCUGCUAGCCAUUUUGGUGCCCUAAGCAUAAUUCCUUCAUGAUGCCCCCCCCCCAAUAAAAAAACAUUAUGAGUUGUGAUGAGUGAGUGGGGAGGGGAGGGGGGAGGGGAGAGGGGGGCACCAUCGGUACCUUUGAGUAGUAUGCCUAAAAAGUGCCUCAUAUUUCUAUAGUCUACUGAAAUAAUUUCGGCCUUAUAAUUAUUAUGACGAUUUUUCAUUAGGCUAUUUUUGGUGGUGCCCCCUCGACACUUGGUGCCCUACGCACAGCGCGUAAUGCGCGUUAUGGGAGCGGCGGCACUGCCUGUUAUGAAAAGGGGCUCCAUUUAAAAUCGGAAGGUGUGUGGCUGCGCGUCUGAUCCGCAUAUACAGUUGUCUCUGUCACCAUGUCCAAACGUUUCUUAGUGAAAAUAUUUUGAUCAUUGGGAGAUUUGGUUUAUUCAUUUUCUGAAGUAGUGCUCUGCAAUUGCUGUGUGAGAGAAUGAAUGAGGACAUCUGUGUAUUAAAUUGCCUUCUCUUAAUCAUAAUUUGUACAUGCCUCCUUUUCAUUGGCCAACCUUUACAUUCUGCUCCCAUAACUUAUUUGUAUGCUAGCUGCACAUAACUAUUGCCUGUGUGUGUGAUUUUGUUGUUUAAAUAUAUGCUAAUUUAAUUGACUGGUUGAUUUGUUUCCUUCCCUUAGGAAUGUGCGGGCCACCUGGACCUCAGCAAGCUGAUUUCGAUCUCAAUGGAUGGUCCAAAUGUAAAUUUUAAGUUCUUUGAGCUGUUCCAGGCGGAAUAUGCUGACCUGUACGCUGGUUCUCAGCUCAUAUCUGUUGGUAGCUGCGGGUUACACACCGUACACCAUGCCUUUAAAACAGGCUUCUCGUGGCAGGUGGACAAGAUCCUCAGGGCCUUGCACACAUUGUUGCAUAAUGUUCCCGCAAGACGAGAGGACUACGAGAAGACCACCAGGUCUACCCGCUUCCCGUUGGCAUGGUGUGGGCACCGAUGGCUGGUAAACCUGCCUGUCGUGAUACGAGCGUUGGAUAUCUGGUCAUCUAUGCUGGUGUACACCAAUGCUGUGAGGAGAAAGGAGCUUCCAAAUCCUGGCACUGGAAGCUUUGCUGUAAUCGAAGAAGCCCAGAAAGAUCCCCUGACUCUACCUAAGCUGCAGUUUUUCAGGAGCAUCGCCCAGCUAUUUGAUCCGUUUUUAAGGAAGUACCAGACUGAGGAGCCGGUGAUGCCUUACCUAGGCAAAUAUCUGGCAGAGUUGAUCAAGAGUCUGAUGCGUCGUUUCGUGAAACGAGAGGUUCUGCAGGACAUCACCACAGCCCAGCUUACCAAACUGGACAUAGGUGACAAGAAUAUCUUGAUGCCGGUGCACUGUGUUGAUAUUGGCUUGGGUGCUGAGGAGGCCCUCAAGAACAGCAAAAGUUCAGACCUCAGGAUUCUUGAAUUUAAAAGGGACUGCAUGCAAGGACUCUCAAGCAUGGUGAAGAAAGUACAGGAGAAGAGUCCUCUUAAGUACAGUACCGUUAGGCAGAUGGAUUGUCUAGACCCCACAGUGAUGAGCAGUGAUCCAGACGGCUGCAAGGCAAAGAUGAAGGGACUUGUGCAGACAUUUCUGCUCAACAGGCAGCUGGCAGGAGGAGUUUGUGCUGGUACUAGGAGUUCUAGAAAGGGCUGAGGAAAAUUAUGCGUGCCACUUUCAGAUAAUCUUGUAUAUUAUAUUUAGCAUCUGCAUUUAGCAACUGAUCAGUAUUUAUUGUAUGUCAAAAUAUGAUCACAAUAUAUUUGAGUGUAGAUCUCUUAAGUUAGGUUACUCCAGCAAAUCAUUUCCAUGCACCCGUUUUGUGUGGUUUAAAGACUGUACCCCCACAGAGCUGUAAGGAAAGCCACAAUGGUGAUGACUAAAUGGAAGCCAUAAGUAAAUUUAUUUUUACAUCUUUUUGUCUCAGGGGACACCAUUCUCCAACAGUUCGAUGCUGCGUUGUCUGUGAAGUGCAGGCAUGAAGAUUUCAUCUCCUUCAAGCCAAUGCAAAAGAGGCUAGAUGUCUUCCUUCAUGGCUUCAUCGGCAAGGCAUACCCAGAUCUUUGGGCGUUUCGCAAGACCCUUUUACUGCUUUCUCAUGGUCAGGCGUCUGUAGAGAGAGGCUUCUCAGUGAACAAAGAGAUCGAGACGGAGAAUAUGCAAGAAGAAACAUUGGUCGCACACAGGCUUGUUUACGACUACGUUGCAAUACAUGGGGGCGUUACCAAGGUUCCACUUACACCUGACCUAAUGAAAUCUGUCAUGGCUGCCAGGUCACGGUACCGUGUGCAUUUGGACGAACAGAGGAAGAAGAAGGAGACAGAGACACAAGGGAAGAAAAGGGCACACGCGGAGGAGCAGUUACAAGACCUGAAAGUCAAGAGGGACAGUCUACAUAAAGUUACUGAGAGCCUGGGCAAAGAGGCAGAUGAGUUGGCAGAGCAAGCAGAGGGCAAGGCUGGGAGCAAAAUGGCACAUCUGAUUUCAAAAUCAAAUGCUCUGAGGAGGGCUGCCAAAGACAAACUCUCCCAGCUUAAGGUUCUGGGGGAUGAAAUUGCCACCAAAAGUGCAGAGCUUAAAAGCAUGUAAAUAAUGUAAAUAAUAUGUUUGUUUCAUUGACAAUAAAUGUAAAUUGACGGCAAUCUGGCUUUGUUAUUUCUUUUUUUUUAAUACUUCGUGAAGGUCUUAAAUUUAACCCAUGAUGGUCUAAAAAAGGUCUAAAAAAGUCUAAAAUUGCACUUGUUAAAACCUGCAGAC